AUGUCUUAUUUCGUGGUAUUCAAUAAAAGAGGAAACGUUUUGUACGAAGAAGGUGUUGAACCAUCUUUUGUUAAAAAUUUUGUUUUGUCAAUCGACCCAAAUAUAUUAGUAGGAUCUAAAAUUGUUAGAGAUGAUAAAAUUGAGUAUGAAAUAAGAGGACCACUUGUUUAUCUAAGUGUUGGACACAAACAAGGCCUUCACGAGCUUAUUGAACGACAAAAAGAACCAGAAAAAGAAGAAAAAAAGAAAGUUGUGUCUCAAGAAGAAAAAUUAAAUUAUUCAGAUGUAUCGGUGAUAAGGCGAAAUUUUAUUAAUAUUACAACAAAAAAAGCAUUUAAAAAGGGGUUUAGUUUAUUUUCUAAUAAAAUACAUGUUGAUGAACUUAAAACGAAAAUGGAAUUACAUCUCGUUAAAAAGAAUGUUGAUUAUAAUACAACAAAAAUUUUAACAGAAUGCGUUAUUAAUCAACUGAAAGAAGAAAAUGUAGAAUAUGUGUCACCUGAUUCAUUUAAAAAGUAUGUAUCGACUGUUUUACAGAAAUUAAUACCAUCAGUAGAUCAUAAAAAAUUACUGAAAGAUAUUAAAAAUAAAAAAGAAGCUUUUUCUAUUUGUUUUGUUGGUGUAAAUGGUGUAGGAAAAAGUACUUCACUGGCUAAAAUUUGUUAUUGGUUGUUAGAAAAUGAUCUUAAGGUUUAUAUCGCUGCAUGUGAUACAUUUAGAGCGGGUGCCGUUGAACAACUCAAAGUGCACGUCGAUCGAUUUCGUCAAAGUGGAUAUAGUGUUGGAUUUUACGAGAAAGGUUACGGUAAAGAUGAUGCAUCAGUAGCAAGGACAGCAAUUCAAAUUGCUACAUCAGAAAAAUAUGACGUGAUUUUGAUUGAUACAGCGGGUAGAAUGCACAAUAAAUUAUCGUUAAUGGAGAGUUUAUCGAAGCUUAUAAAAAUAAAUGAACCCGAUUUUAUAGUUUAUGUUGGAGAAGCUUUAGUAGGCGUGGAUAGUUUAGAUCAUAUUAAAGAAUUUAAUAAAUUUAUUAGUAAAGGCAGUAUUCAUAGAAAGAUUGAUAGUUUACUACUCACUAAAGUAGAUACUGUGGAUGAUAAAAUAGGACAAAUAUUGAAUAUGACAUUUACUAGUCACGCUCCAGUAUUUUUUUUAGGUACAGGGCAAGCUAAUAGCGAUUUAUCAGAAAUUACAUCUGGUGAUAUUGUAAACAGUCUUUUAUCUUAA